ACAUAUCACGUUUUGAAAACAUGAGUCUGUCUCCGUCCCAGGAAGAAGCUGCCUCUUCCUCUCCUGAGAGUCCCAGAGAAGGUGACUUCUCCUCUCGACAGCUUUAUGACAACUUGGAGAGCCUGGAGGAGCAUGAGACAUGUGACGACAAGAGAGGCCCCAUUGUUAAUAACGUACCCGACAACUACUCCAGCUCCCCUUCGGAAACUCAGAUCUGUGCUUCGCCAGUGACAAAUGACCUUGAGAAUGUACGUGCUGGCAUUUCUUCCGAGGAGCAGAUUGAAGAAAGCCACUCAAAAGAACCAGAAGAUUCAAGUACAUCGUUGUUAGAAGAGAAACUCAGCCCAGACUCACCACUUUUCAUGGAGGUCUUAUCACUGGAUGGAAGAUUUAUUACUCUGGUGAGCACUGAAACGCAGACAGAUUGGGAGAAGGUGGAGCAGUGCUUCUCUUGCACCUGUCAAGUUCAAAAGGAAAUGGGGCCUCUCCAGAUAUGGCAAGAUGAAAUGUACAGGGACGCUGUCAUAGUGUAUUUGGAGGAUGCAGGAGAGGAGGAGUAUGAUAGUCUUCAUCUGGGACUCCCUCGUGUUCUAGCAUGCAGACGAGAGCCAAAAUUCACUCCUCGUGUUUUCAAGCUGGAGAUUCCAGGAAUUAGGUUCAGGAAGAAGAAAAUUCUUUCUAAAAGAACUCCUGACAAAACUCUGUGUGAGUUCUGCCAGCAGCGUAAUCAACCCUAUGAGCAUUAUAAGUCAAUUUCAUUCAUCAGAUCACUGCAAGAGGAGGUCCUCUUAGACAGAGACAUCUAUUAUGAGGAAGCUAAAGAAUUUGAGGAAAUCUUGCAAAAGGAAAAGGAGAGACUGGAACGGAAAUACUCUGGUCUUGCGUAUGAUCUGGAAAAUGCUAUGCCUAUGAUCAAACAGGAGUGGGAGACUGUAGAUGAAGGAUGGAUGAAGUAUUUGCAUCACCAGAGAAGAAGACGAUAUGAUGUCCCAGGCAUGCUUCCAUUGUCAAAGGAUGUAAAAUAUGAACUUGCUGAUUCUACAGAGAAAACGUUUCCUUCUACUUUUGUUAUAUCAAAGUCGCCAGAAGAUCUAGAUGGUGAACCGAAGACAACCAGCGUAAUAAAGAAAUUCUACAAAGAUGGGAAAAUUUUUCUGAUCAAGUAUUUUGAUGGAUCAGGUACUGUUUUUUAUCCUUCUGGGAAUCCAGCCAUCAUAAUAACCCCAGCAGAAGAUCCUCACUUCAUUUACAUAAUCCUAGAGGACAAGGUCAAGAAGCCCAGCAUGAUAGGCAUUUUCACACCUAAAGGCUGCGCUACGUGCUACCAUUCCAAUGGAUUGAUGUGGUUGAACAUAACCUCUAGUGGAGGUUUCUGCUUCGACGAGAAGGGCGAUUUGAGGAGGCGUUGGAACUGGUUGUAUUUUGACCCACAUGUGCACAACCUUCCAUUCAAGCCCCUCAUCUCCGCCAUGGGGCCAUGCAUCUGUAUCCACAUACAUUCGCAAGAGUGUGUGUAUGUUAACUUCUCACACAAGGAAAGGCAUGUGCGUUUCAACGUUGGCUCAGAGCUUAAGCUCACUUGCCCAGAAAGCCAUGGUAUACCAGGCCAAAGCAUUUUGGAGGGAGACAUCCAAAUACAGAAGACAAAGAUUUACUGUCUGCUUGACCAGAUGCAAACCUGCAUAUCCCACCCGUUGGCAAAGAUGCAGAACAUAAAGCCACAUUACCGUUUCAUCGCCCGGCUGGAACAGCUUACCAAGAAAAUGGAAGCAAGGAACUCACUCAAAAACACAGAGCCCAAUUCAAAUUAAAGGAGCAAUACUAAA